UGCUUAAUCAAGCAUCAGUUGUGGUUGAGUUGCCACCGGUGGUACAUCGCCUCAUAUUGUGAUCUCUUCAGAAUUCUUUCCAAAAGGCACAAAUCUCAUUGUAAAUGCAUCUCCUAGCAUUAGUAUGCUUCCUCGCCGCAUCGCUUCAAACCUCGUCUGGAGCUCGGAUACUUUCCGUCAAUGUAUUCCCCGGGCGUAGCCACUGGAUGAUGAUCGGUAGCAUUUUGGAGGAGCUGCUCGAUCGUGGUCAUGACGUGACGGUUAUCACAAACUACCCAAGGAAGAAACCUCAUCCAAAUCUCACCGAGAUAGUAAUAGAUCCGAUCUACGACUUUUGGGGCAAAUCGGUAAAGGUGGACUCGCUGUACGAUCUGACCGAUAUCUCGAUACAUCAAAUGUUGAUGGACUUCCUGUACCCAUUGGGUCUUCAAACGGCAGAGUAUGCGUACACACGGGACAAUGUGAUGGACUUCCUGCGUAAUGACCAGAGUCAGUUUGAUCUACUGCUUGCCGAGCAGUUCUACCAGGAAUCGUACCUGAUGUUGGCACACAAAUACAAAGUCCCGAUUGUGUCGAUAGGUACGUUUGGAUUCGCUCAGUAUAUGGGUCCGAUGAUGGGUCUUAUGAACGCCUGGUCACACGUUCCCCACGAGUUUCUCCCAUUCACCGAUCAUAUGUCGCUGUACCAACGGGCAUACAAUUCGUUCGUCAGUUGGUACGAGCUUCUGUUACGCUCCUGGUACUAUCUUCCCGAGCAGCAAGCAUUGGCCGACAGGCACUUCUCAUUUCUUCCCGGCCCUUUACCUCGUCUGAGUGAUCUCGAGCGACAGGUGUCGGUGAUUCUACUGAACAGCUAUCCACCACUCACAUCGACUCGUGCCAAAGUGCCAGGGCUGGUACAAGUGGGAGGUUUACACAUUAAGGAACCAAAGCGACUUCCGGACGACUUGCAAACCUUCAUCGAUGAAGCGAAGGAUGGUGUGAUCUAUUUCAGCCUUGGUACAAAUCUCCGUUCGGCUGACAUGCCUCCGGAGAAGUUAUCCGUCAUACUGAAAGUGUUUGGCUCCAUGAAGCAACGCGUGGUGUGGAAGUUCGAGGACGAAGGUAUCAAACAUUUGCCACCGAAUGUGCUCGUUCGCAGCUGGUUACCGCAGAGUGAUAUUCUUGGACAUCGUAAUGUGAAAGUGUUUAUUACGCACGGCGGUUUGCUCGGGACGCAGGAAGGUGUACACCGCGCGGUACCGAUGGUAGGCAUACCGAUUUACUGUGAUCAGCAUCUCAACAUGAACAAAGCCACCCUGGGUGGGUAUGCGGUGAAGUUGUACUUUCCCAACAUAACCGAAGAAUCGUUCCGCUGGGCACUGGAAGAAGUGUUGUACAAUCCGAGCUACAAAGCGAACAUACAGAAGGUGUCGCAGAUUUUCCGCGAUCGUCCUGUAGCGGCGUUAGAUGAAGCGAUCUACUGGAUAGAGUAUGUGAUACGGUAUAAGGGUGCUCCACAGCUACGAUCGGCGGGGUUGGAUCUGCCGUGGAUAAGCUUCGCGUUACUUGACGUGAUUGGAUUGAUGGCAAUUGUUUUGGUGGGAGGAAUAGUUUUGCUACGUCGAGUUGGAACUAAUUUGCUUAGUGGAAAAAGUAAGCAAAAGAACGAAUGAAACAAAAAGUUUGCAGAAGAUG